UCGCUUCCGUUUUUUUUUUCUCCCCCUUCCGCCGUGAAAAGAAUCAUCGUUGGAGAGAAAGAACCGGAGCCGUGCUCGUCUCAGCACCUCCAGAGGAACCCCGGUCUGGCAUGGGCGACAAGCGGAGUCCCACAAGGCCGAAGCGUCAACCGAAGCCCUCCGACGAGGGGUUUUGGGACUGCAGCGUGUGCACGUACAAGAACACGGCCGAGGCUUUCAAGUGCAUGAUGUGUGAUGUGAGGAAGGGGACUUCAACAAGGAAGCCUCGUCCCGUCUCUCAGCUCGUCUCACAGCAGCAGGUUACUCAGCAGUUUGUGUUGCCCUCGCAGCCCAAAAAGGAAAAGAAGGAGAAGGUAGAGAGGGAGAAGACCGACAAGGAGCCGGCGCUCAAGAAGAACAGUCACAAGAAGAUGAGGCCUAGAUUGAAAAACAUCGACAGGAGCAGCGCCCAGCACCUGGAGGUGACGGUUGGGGACCUGACGGUCAUCAUUACAGACUUUAAGGAGAAGGUCAAGCCCUCGCCCACCUCAGCCACGUCCUCCAGCGCCGCGUCAUCGGUGGUCGACCACCACAGCCAGAACGGCUCCAGCUCAGAAAACACAGAGAAGGGGCUUUCUCGCUCCUCCUCACCCAGGGGAGAGGGGAGCUCAGUCAACGGAGAGUCCCAUUGAGUCCCGCCACCCCCCCUCAAAUCCUCAGCCACCUCCAGCCACAUCUCAUCUGCAAGUCACUGGAAGGGAAUCCUACUUUUACUUUAGAGCUGCACACUUUAUCAUUUACUUUUUUGCUGGAAUUGUGACUCCCAGUCUUUGUCAGAGCAAGGUGCCAACCCAUCAGCUUUGGCAAAUUCUCCACGUUUAGAAACUGACCUAGAAACCCUUAGCGCAUCUUGGAUGAUGCAGUAGACUACAUAAAACAAAAAUUGGACAAAGGAUGAUGAAGGGUGAUGGACCUUUGCAUUUUUCAUCCUCUAUGGUUCCCUUCAGAUGCACCGGCCUCUCAAGAUUUCCAAUAUUUUUACUGAACAAAUGUGCAGCCUCCACCCUGGUAUUGUGCUCAGUGGCCGGCAGAGUGACCCAUUCGUCCCCCAUGUGGAAUGGAAUUCUCAGCCACUGCCUGGAUUCUCUACCUACCUUGUCAUAAACCUGAACCGUCUCGUUCCCCAGUGUCCUCACACUGAACUCUCAAUGUGACAGUGAACAUUUGCUCCUGAUCUUGACACUCCAAGGAUUUGACUUCAGGACUGCGUCUGCUGAAGAGAGACUUCUGACACAGCAGAGUGGCCUCACUGGUGGAACCGUUUGUUGAUUUCCAUUAUGUUCGGAGCAAGGUUGUUUCGUUCAGUGAUGCUCAACAUGUCCUCACAAUGGCACCUGGCAGAGAAUGUACAGCACAUGAUUUCAAAAGGGUAAUACCGGUGUUAAGUUUGUUUUUUAAAUUUGCGCCUGAGUCAAUUUGUGAGUAAUUUUUUCUUUUAUCUUAGCGGCCUUUCAUUUUAUUCAGUUUGUAAACACCCACUAACAAACCUACAGUGCAAAACUUUUAUCUCCCCCUUCUGGCAGUGAAAGUAAUGACAAACAUCGUUGACGCAAACAUAACGUCCUAGGCACACCAAUAGUUUCUUUCGUUUCUAUUUUUAACCAGAGUAUCAGAAACUCAAUAGGUUUACGCUAUAGUUGUUAAAGCCAACUCCUGCCUUUUAGGCUCGGCAAACCCAAUCAUUGCUAGCAUUCUCUGGUGUACACUGAAAUACAGUGAGAUUUACCUGGCACUGGUAGACUUAAUCAGCUCAUAGUUUACUUGUUCCACAACAGCUUGAAUGUAACAGACUGCUUUUUCUAUACGCAAGUCCAGUGCUCCAGCUUUAAGUGAUAAUUUUGAUAUAAAACCGAACGAAAAUAAUUGUAAUUUUAUAAGAAAUUUGAAAAGUUGAUUAUAGAGAACUCUCUGGUGAUGUAGCCUUUCAAUCAUUGUGUUGUUUUUCUAAUUUUCUCACAGACCAACCACUGAUCCUCCCCGUCAAGCAAAACAGUUCAGAUCGAGAGCCUAGCUCUCAUGCAGCAGUAGAAGUUCUAACCAGCUACUAGAUAACUAAAAGCUAUUAACAUAGUUCAAAAUAGUUGACGUUAUGCUACCUAGCGAGCAUGAAACAGAAAUUAGCAAGUGGCUGGUUGAUGAAGUCUUUUACAUCAACUAAAUAAACAAUUACUCCAAACAUAUUUAAGAAGCUGUUAUGUUACCUAGAUAGAAUGAAACUAAUGUAAACAGCUGCUUGCUAGACAGAUGGGAGCAGGCAGAAGAAAGCAAAACAUUAGCUAUAACAGCUUAAGUCCAUAAUAUCUCAGGACUGUGUUCCAUGAAGUGAAGUUUUCCAAUAUGACAACUCACUGCAGCUUUUACAAUCAUCCAAGUUUUGUAACUCAUCACUGUCGACGUUAAGCUUCUGCAGAGACGUACAGGAGAGAAACCAACAAACCAUUUAACAGAAUCCAGAAUAGAAAGUCUUUUAAAGGCAAAGAUGGCAGUCGUAAAAUACAUAAAAAGCCGGUCGUCUGCUUUCUUACAUCUGAGCGCGUAAACGCAUUAAACCAAUCUUGUUGCACUGACCUCAGCUUACAGUUUGGGGCCGCAGCUGUUUAAACUGCUACUGCGGCAGAUGCAGUUGGUUGGAGAAGGGAUAAAAGUGGAAUACAAGGCACCAGGGAUUGACUCGUGAUAGAAGUUGAUACCUUGCGCUUGCGUCACAGAACUGUAACUGAAGGGGGAAAAGUGACCAAAACCUUUUUUUAUUUCCGGGCCAAUUCAAUAUAUUCUCAACAUGCAGGUUUUUAUGCCCCAGGGUCCAUUGAAAGUGCAGUUAUGGCCGUCUUUUAUCAUUUAGAUAGGGGACCUGGUCUUGUUAGCCUGAAAUAAUUACCCUUGGGCAUUGCCAAGAUGGCUUCUCUGUGAGACUUUUUGGUCAUACUUUUCUCUUGUGACAUUGAAAAUACAUAAUUUGCCUAACUGGUUACCAAUCCUUAAUUUUUUAAAUGGUACACAGUGGUAACUGUCAAUUACAGGACUUCCCAUAAAACGUUAUAUGGAGGUACUCACGAUGACAAUUGUUGUAGCCUCGAUCUCAUUUGCGUUUUAUUUUCUUCAACAAGAGCCAGUUUCAAACCGUGUUUGUCUGAGUGAGGUUUGUUUCAGAGACAUGAAAGAAACAGUCAGUGAACUGGAAGAUGACAAAAAGGCACUUUGGCCGUACAUGACGCCGGUAUUCUCCUUUUAAUCUCUGCUGCACCUGUUCAGGGUCCGAGUGGAUAACCAGUGGGUGCUCACACUGUUCUGCUGCCAUGCAGGACCCAGCUUGGACAAGGCAGGACUGAAACUUGGGAGUUUGGACAUCUGGACACAUUUAUGAGCCGGAUCCGGGGACAUCCUGCGGUGCGAUGGGACUCAAGAAGCCGUUUGAAUCCUCCAUUUUGACGAAGGACAAAGAGGAGAAACUUUAUAGAGUAUACUAAACUCCCAGCAGAACAAUUAUAGAUCAAGCUAACUACACAUUAACUUAUAAAAAACCUGUAGAAUAAGUACACAGAUAAAAGUGGAUAUUUCUAAAAACAAUAUUGUACUACAAUGUCUUGACGUGGCUUUAUUAUCCAUCAUAUCAGUGUUAUUGUCAAUAUUUUUUACUUUUAAACAUUUUAGCACACAUUCUGAGAACUGUCACAGCAUGAUAAUAUUACGGUCUCGGUAUAUUGUGGGACGGGUUAUGUCUCUUAGUUCGUUAGUAUCUUUUUGAUUGUCGGAGAUGUGCUCUCGCAGGUUCACUGCACUAGCUGGGACUAGGUGGGUGGACUCGUGGGAAUUUGUUCGGACAGACGUUUGUUAUUUGGUUGUUACAAAAGUGGAUGACACUUAAAAAUGUGUUGGUGUCACCUGUUGAUAUUGUUUCCUGUUUGUUUUGCUUUGUCAUGCUCAGUGUGUGAACUUGUUUAUUACAUGUCUGAAGAAAAUAAGAAAAGUCGAAACAAAGAUGUCCUCUUCUGAUGCACACAUUUUUAUGAUUUUCUUUCACACACACAAGCUGUUUUCAUACAUAAACUCAUCGUCAUAAUUAGCCUGCAAUUUGAUCAUUUGUUUAACGUUUACAAUAAAUUAGAGUAGCACAAAAACAGAUUGUGAAUUGACUUCUCUAAAGCAGUUUUUAGACAUGAACUCUGGGAUGAAAACUGGGGCUGAGUAUUGUCCUUUCAUAGACGAGGAACGCACAAGGACAUGUUCACAACAACAACAGGAAAAUGUCCAAAGCAUUCAGGUUGGGGUGAAUCGAGUAAAGCAUGUAGGCAGCAGGGCAUGACGUUUAAAUUCAACUGUUUUCUGUUUGCAGCCAAUUGACAGACGUGGGCCCUCGGCGCCAAAGGCUCUCGAUUCUUUCCAGUUCUUUCCUGCAGAACCACUUGUAUAACAGAUCGUGUUCGUGCAGGUUCAGAGUUUUACAUAACAGAGCGUGCUCAUCAUGCAAAACUAUUGAUUUGAAGUUUGUUUUUAACCAUGCAGUAGUUAGAUCAGAGCUCUGGAUGACAAUUGUAUAUAAGCAUAGGAGUAGUUAAGGUAUGUUUUACCACACUAAUUAAUCAACCACUGCAUCAGUCAAUAACCUCACCCCCCCCCCCCCCCACACUACAUGCAAAUGCAAUUGACGUGCAGCCCUUUUUGUCCAACGCAGCCACCUCAAUAAAGACUAGUCACUUAAAGCCAGGCUGAAUGGUCUUUUCAGGAGGUGAAACCAAUUCAAAGCUGCAGCAGACACAGACUGGAGGUUAGGGGGGUGAGGGGGUUAGUGCUUGGGGGGAGGGGGAGAGGGUCAACACCGCUUAUCGCUCCCUUCCCCCCACGUGAGGGUCUCAACCUCCUGCCUCUGCUGCAUGAAGAGAGUCAAGUGAAGCGGUUUGAACGAGAGAGAGAGAGAGAGAGAGAGAGAGGAGGAGCCGGACGUCUGCGGGGGCCUUCAGAGUAAGAGCACGGAAAGUGGGGCACAGAGAUACAAAAGGUCAUUUUGGACCAAUAAUUUUAAUCAGUAUUUUAUUAUUUUUGUUGCUGUCAAUAUUAUUAAUACAAUGAAAUGUCAAAUAUAAGAAUAAAUUCCAAUUUUUCACUUCUGGCAAUACAGGAGGUUUGAAUUUGUUAAGAAUCAAGAAUGAAUUAAUUUCAAUGUUGAGUGUUGUCCGUUACUAUAUAAUUAUAUAAGUGGCUGCAAUUUAAUAUUUUUUCCCUCAAUUCCAAUGCUGGUAUUGAACGGAAAUGCCCAUAAUCAUACUUCCCAAAAUGGUUAUAGCUCUUGAGCCACUGACCCUUGGCACUAAUACGUUCUUUCUGAAAAGAAAAAGUAGCUUU